UACACCUUAGUGUUCCUGGAGAUUGGAAACUUUGAUACAAGCAUAUGCUAGGAUAUGCAAAGGACAAGAAGAUAUCAGACUUCAUCAAUCUUGACACAUCUGAUAUCUUCUCUGAACUAGAAGAACCUCUGGAACCUGAGAGUCCAGAUGAAGUCACCGCGGAGGCCAAGAUAGCAUAUGACAUCAAGGUCACUGCGUGGAAAAUCAAAUAUAUGAAAUAUGAGAAAUUGAAUGAAGAUUAUCAAGAUGAUGUGAGAACUCAAUAUCAUGAUCUCUGCAAAGCACUGAAAAACAGAGGUAUAGAAAAGUGA